AGUGACGUAUCGACUCUCUCUCGUCCUGCCGUGUGUAGCUGUGCGGCUGCUGUGAGAAGAAAAGGUUCCGUUCGCUACGAGCAGGUGUAACAAUGAAUACCAAGGCCCUCGGAUCGCAGCUGAAGGACAGCAUUCCCAUUGGUGAACUUUCCACUCAGUAUGGAGGAUACGGGGUCCAUGAUAACCUUCGCACAGGGUUUACAAGCGUGCAGAGUGAACUCAUGCCCAGCCAUCCUUUGGAGCUCUCGGAGAAAAACUUCCAGAUAAACCAAGAGAAAGUGAAUCUCUCCACUGUCAGGAAUAUCCAAGGGCUGCACGCACCACUCAAACUGCAGAUGGAGUUUAAAGCAGUCAGGCAGGUCCAGCGUCUCCCAUUCCUUCCCAGUUCUAACAUUGCCUUGGAUACACUGAGGGGAACCGAUGAGAGCAUCGGCUUUGAGGAUAUACUCAACGAUCCCUCACAAAGCGAGGGGAUGGGAGAGCCGCACUUGAUGAUGGAAUAUAAACUGGGGUUAUUGUAACUGGUUUGUGGGGGGAGGGAAAUAACUUUUGUAAAUAAUUGCAAAUUCCCCACUUUGGUUUCCUGCAGUGGUCUCUGUCACACUGUGGGGCUGUAGGCCGCUCGGGGGGCAGCGUGGGAAGCAUCAUUAUUUCUGUUUCCAUGAACAAUAAACACUUGUUUACUAACAGAUGCCUUGUUUGGGGCUGAUGAAUACAUAAAUAAAGUUGGGGUUCUGCAAA